AUGUUUCAAAUGCUUUUUUUGGCUCUAUCCAUAAUUCUCCUCACCGACACAGGAGAAAGAGCGCUGACAAUCCCAUUGAUUAGAAUAUGUAAUCUAUGUUCUAACUUUGAUGGAAACAAAUGCCUUGAUGGCAUGAAAAGAUGCUGGAAGUUCAACAUGUUGUGGUUCAACAGGACCUGUGCCACAGAAAACUUUUAUUUUUAUGACAUUUUAACAGGGGCACACAUUUUUCGAUAUUCAAAACUGUCCUGUAAACCUUGUGCAAGUGGAAUGUUUCAAAUAUACCAUGACCUUCUGAGAGAAACAUUUUGCUGUACUGACAGGAGCUACUGUAAUGAUGGCACCAAUCGCUUAGAUAUGUCGUCAUUGUAUUUUGAGGAUCAAAAGGUGCAGAGAGAGUUGAAUGACUGA